UUUUAUCGGUCGUAUUUCCGCGCGGCGCAAGACAGUGUGAUUCGCAUCAUACAGAUGCCUCUAGUCUAGUCGAGGUUACGUAAAACUUAACUUGCCGUCGCUGCAACGCUUUUCGGCCCCUGUCAAGUAACGUAAAUCCAAUAUAUUUUGAGAAUAUAUAACGUACUCCGCAUGCGAUGGACGAAGAAGACGAUCACAAGCCGCUGAUGUUAUUCGGGAGAGACGUUACAAGGAUUCCAUGCUUCAGAAAUAGUUUCCUAUCCGGAAUAACCUGCAGUAUUGUCGGCGGCUUAGGUACGUUCAUGUUUACCAGCAAACCGAAACUCGCCUCGCACAUCGGCAUGGCCACCUUCGUCGGCUCGACAUGGAGUUACUGGGUUUAUUGCCGGUAUACGUGGUCCAAACAACAGAUCGAGGUGGCUAGACUGCAGGAGCUCAUCGAACAGCACGCUACCUACGCAGGGACGCCGAAGGAGAAGGAAAUUGACAGAUUGCCUCUGGUGGAUGCGUGAAAGUUUUGACAAUGUAGAACAAUGAAUAGUUGAUUAUUUAUAGCUAUCAUUAUCGUUAUUUUUUUAUAGGUUAUACAGUGUGAUAAUAGCAUGUUAACAGAGAACGAAACAUCGUUGUUUUCACCUCCACAUUUCUUUAAUUAAAACGUAUUUUAAACUGAGGAAAAUACCCAAUACACGAUCUAUCACUUA